UGAUGUCUGGAAAGAAAUGUUCGUGUCUCAUUUCUAAAGGCGGUGAGUAAAAGAAAAAGAGGAGAGCAGCGUCCAGCAAGAAGGUUUCAUGAUGGCCCAAAUUAGGUGCAAGUUCCAAACAUGGGUUUUCCGGUGCCUCGAUUUAGGCCGCAGAGAGCCUCAGACUCCGUCCUAGAAACAGGCUGCGGUCAACGGUUCAGCGUUAGGGGGAGUGCGCAGGCGCAGUGAUGUAACGGCUAUUAGAAGAGGACAUUUUGCAGUUCUGAAACUGGAACCAAAUAUCACAUCCGGAUCUAAUAGAGAACCCUAAUUUAUUGUAACCUCAACAUCAGUGGACUGUGAACAUGGAAGGAAGCAGUACCAUUCCCACUAGGGAUAAACCGUACACGUGUUAUGUGUGUGGACAAGGAUUCAGACAAUCGUUUGACCAGUCCAAACAUAAAUGCAGUCACACUGGGAAAAAACCAUGGAAAUGUGAGGACUGUGGAAAGGGUUUCAAAUCCCCAUCCCAGUUGGAAAUUCAUCGGCGCAGCCAUACAGGAGUCAGGCCGUUUCCCUGUUCCCAAUGUGGAAAGGGAUUCACUCAGUUAUCCAACCUGCUGACACACCAGCGAGUUCACACUGGGGAGAGACCAUUCCACUGCUCCAAGUGUGAGAAGGGAUUCGCUACAACGUUUGAAUUGAUGAGACAUCAGCAAGUUCACACUGAUGAGAGAGCUUUUAAAUGCACAGACUGUGGGAAGUGCUACAAAAGGUCUGGGGAACUGAUGUCCCAUCAACGUGUUCACACAGAUGAGAGACCAUUCAGAUGUUCUCACUGUGGGACUGGGUUCAGGCGAUCAUCUCAGCUCACAUUACACCAGCGAAUUCACACUGGGGAGAAGCCGUUCACAUGCCCUGAGUGUGGGAAGGGAUUCUCUCGCUCUUCCACCCUAGUCGCACACCAGCGAGUUCACUCUGAGGAGAGACCUUUUAAGUGUCCUAACUGCGCGAAGUGCUUUAAAAGUUCCAGGGAGCUAAUGCGCCAUCAAAAUGUUCACACUGACAAAAGGAAUUUUAGAUGUCCAGACUGUGGGAAAUGCUAUAAAAAUUCCGGGGAUCUGACAUCACAUCGACGUGCUCACACUGACGAGAGACCAUUUAAGUGCUCUCACUGCGGGACUGGGUUCAGGCGAUCAUCGCAGCUCACUGAACACCAGCGAAUUCACACUGGGGAGAGACCAUUCACCUGCUCCAAGUGUGACAAGGGAUUCUCUACCUUAUCUGAAUUGAAGAGACAUCAGCGAGUUCACACUGAUGAGAGACCUUUUAAGUGCCCAGAGUGUGGGAAGUGUUUUAAGAGGUCUGGAGACCUGAGGUCCCACCAACGUGUUCACAUCAUUGAAAGACCAUUCACGUGCUGUCAUUGUGGGACUGACUUCAGGCGAUCGUCUGACCUCACUGUACACAAGCAACUUCAUACCAAGGAAAGACUGUCCACAUCUAUUCAGUGUGGGAAGUCACUCAGCCCAUCAUCCCUUUAAAGAGACCUGGGUUUUCAUAGUGGGGAGAAGGCAUUCACAAAGUUGUGCCAUUUAAAUACACACCAGGGAUAGACCAUUCAACUGUUAUGAAUGUGGAAAGGAACUCACUCAGCGUUCCAACCUCCUGAGACACAAGUGAAUCCACAAGUAACUGCAGUGAAUGGAUUUUGUUUGUUCAUUUGGAGAUGUCUAGGAUUAGAAUUGAUAAGGUGAGGUAUCGGGCUAAUGUGAAGAAAAUUCAUAGUAUAUUGCUGUUGAUUGCAAACUUAAGUUUUAAAAUUGAGAAUUGAUGUAAAAGCUGUGUUGUCUGUACUUGUCGAUGUAUUUCAAUUUUGUGUAAAAGAAGGGAUGUCAUCAUUUUCAGUUUCAUUGAUGAUGUUUUCUCUCUGGAGCUAGUAUAACCUGUAGUUUGUUUUCUCUAAUUUGUACUGGAAAAAUAAUCUUUUAAAACCCUUGAGGUUAACAGUUUAUUGCAUUAAGAAAAAUGGUUGAAGAGAAAAAUACUGUAGUUGCCAAGAAUCUAGCAACAAUAUAAGUCAUUGAGAACAGUCAUAUGUACAAGUCUAUUGAGAGAGAGAAAUGGCCUGUAUAAACAGAUAUGCUGUUAGUACCUGUCUCCAAAGCAGUCAGAGCUGUGGGAAAACAUGCUGAGUUGUUUAAGGACAAAACAAACUGACGGUCAGUGACUGUGUGUCUUUUUUGUCAGUGGAAACUGGACAGUGAUGGCUUAAGUGCUCAGCAAUCUGAAAAGAAAUUUUAAAAUGGUGUAAAAGUCUGUCAGAAGAUGAUUGUAUGGUAAGGCCAUGUGUUUGAUUAAAGUAUUCCGAAGUCAGUGAGAAAUCAAUUGUAGCUGUGGGCAAUGAACAUUUGGUGUGCACCAUUCAGUGAUGUUUGAAUGUCUGUAAGGUUGC